UUCUUAAUUGUUCUGGAUGAUGUCUGGAUCGAAGAUUAUGACAGUUGGAAUUCUUUUACAAAGCCUUUUAGAUGUGGAGCUAAAGGAAGUAAAAUUCUUCUAACAACCCAUAUUCAAAAGGUUGUUUCUAUGGUCCAAACUUUUCAAGCUUACUCUCUUCAGCAAUUGUCUGAUGAGGAUUGUUGGUCUGUAUUUGCAAACCAUGCUUGCUUUUCUCAAGAAAAAUCCACUCAGAAUAUGGAUCUUGAAAAAAUUGGCAAAGAGAUUGUUAGAAAAUGUAAGGGAUUGCCUUUAGCAGCACAAUCACUUGGGGGUUUGUUGCGACGGAAACGUGACAUCAGGGAUUGGAAUAAUUUACUCAAUAGUAAUAUUUGGGAAAUUGAUGAAAAAGAGAGUAAGAUCAUUCCAGCACUAAGAAUUAGUUAUCAUUAUCUCCCUCCCUAUUUGAAACGCUGCUUUGUUUAUUGCUGCUUGUAUCCUAAGGAUUAUAAAUUUGAUGAAGAGGGUUUGAUCUUGUUGUGGAUGGCAGAAGAUCUUUUACAGCCUCGAAAAAAUGGAAAGACUUUGGAAGAAGUUGGUUAUGAGUAUUUUAAUGAUUUAGCUUCAAUAUUUUUUUUUCAACGUUCUAGAAGUGGAAACAGUUCCAGGCGUUUUGUGAUGCAUGAUCUGGUGCAUGAUUUAGCAACAUUGAUCGGGGCAGAAUUCUACUUUAGAACAGAAGAACUUGGGAAAGAAACAAAUAUUGGUAACAAGACUCGUCAUUUAUCAUUUAACAAUUUAAGUGAACUAAUGGCGGAUAACUUUGAGAUUUUUGACCGAGCAAAAUAUCUUAGGACCGUUUUGACAAUCGAUUUUAGACAUACUCCAUUCAACCAUGAAAAGGAACUAUGCAUCAUUUUGUUGAAUUUGAAGUGCUUGAGAGUUUUGUCAUUUCAAAGAUAUGAGUAUCUUAAUGCGUUGCCUAACUCGAUAGGUGAAUUGAUUCAUUUGCGUUAUUUGGAUCUCUCUUCCACAACUAUAAAGACACUACCAGAGUCAUUGUGUAAUCUGUAUAAUCUACAAACCUUCAAGUUGUGCGGUUGUUUUCAACUAACCAAACUUCCCAAUGGCAUGCAAAAGCUUGUGAAUUUGCGCUACCUUGAUAUCCGUUUUACUCUAAAGUUAGAAGAUAUCCGUUUUACUCUAAAGUUAGGAGCUUUCCGAGAGAUGAGUGAGAAAGGUUUGUCGCCUUCUGUUGUUUGCUAUACUAGUUUGAUACAUGGAAUGUGUCAAUCUAAUAAUUUGGAUGAAGCUAUUGGAUUGCUCGAAGAUAUGACGAGGAAUGGCAUUGAGCCAAAUGUUUUUACUUAUAGUUCUUUAAUGGAUGGUUUGUGUAAAUGUGGACAUUCAUCACAUGCAAUGGAGUUGUUAGAAGUGAUGGUUAGAAAACGUCAUUUGCCUAACAUGGUCACUUAUAGUACUCUAAUCAAUGGACUGUGUAAAGAGAGUAAGCUUAGAGAAGCUGUGGAGAUUCUCGACAGGAUGAGGCUUCAAGGAUUAAAACCAAAUGUAGAGAUGUACGGGAAAAUCAUAAGUGGCCUCUGUGCUGCAUGCAGUUAUCAAGAAGCUGCAAACUUCGUCAAUGAGAUGGUUCUUGGCGAUAUCUCACCUACUCGAGCAACUUGGAGCUUUCAAGUCAGAAUGCAUAACAAGGUAGUCCAAGGUCUUUGUAAUAAUAUCGAUCCACCUCGCGCAUUCCAAUUGUAUCUUAGUAUGCGUACUAGGGCUAUCUCUGUUGAAAAUGGAACUUUUGACUGUUUAGUCAAAUGCUUUUGCAAGAGAGGAAACUUGCACAAAGCUCCUCGGGUUCUGGAAGAGAUGAUAUUCGAUGAAGCCUCUACUAUUAUUGAUCUCACUUUCUCACUUCAAAUGGUCGACAUUCUCUAAUGAUCAUUACAUUUGUUGUGCGCAAUUGGAGGCUGAAAAUACCUUAACACCUCACCUUCUCUUUUUGUGGACACCACUAGGUUCUUGCCCAACCAUUUUUGAAACUUUAAUGAGGCAAUUAUUUGUUAGAAAAUAUUUUCCGGGGUUCUGGCCUGCUGGGUAAGGUAAACACAGGGUUCUGAUGUUCUGUUUUAUUUGUUACAACAAAAUGGAGAAGUUCAAAAUUCUUGCUAGAUAAGGUAAAUAUGUAGUAAAUAGAUUGUAUUUUUUACACAUCCUGUAUGGUUGUGUUAGUGGAUCAUGAUUAGCUAAUGUUGUGAUUUUCUGUUGGGGAUAACUUCACAUCUCUGCUGGAAACAUGUAUGUGAUUGUUAUUGCGAUUGUGAUAUGUUUUUUAGAUUCAAGAUACAUAUGUAUUGUCCAUCUAUACUCUAUAGUCAGGUCCACAUGUAAGUAUUAUAUUUCGAGUUUGCUUCAUUCCCACAAAGAGACAGCAGAUGAGUCCAUAAGCUGAUCCCCAAGUCAACUUUGACGAACUAAACAUUUUUCCCCCUAGAAAAAGUUCAAAUAACUGGUUCAGUAGCUCCCAGUUUCUGUGGCAAAAUAUAUCCUCUUACUAUAGUACUUCAAUAUGAACUUAUGUUAGACAAGGAAAAUCCUAGAUAGCUAGGUAAUCAAAAUGAGUCGGCAUUAUAAUUGACUUGUGGAUACAUGAGUGGUCUUGACUCUUGACCACUAGCUUCCUAUCCUUGAAUAUUGAUAAAUUCUUGCUGAGUUCUGUCAGGUGUUUCUGAUUGUAGAGCAUUACUUCAGAGUCUACUUCUAAAUUUUAAUCAAACAGAGAUCACUCGUAAUUGGAUAGAAGACUAUAACCUUAACAAAUUGCUUGGGGUGAUACUAGUUUGAAGAGUUUCUGAAGCGACCAAUUCCACAUAUAAAAGGGGGGAAAACUGAGUAAAAGUAUUGCUUGCAUGAUCAAGACAGCUUAUUAGUUAUAAUUAAUGAAUUAGUAGAGAAGUCUUUCUGGUAUUAGUUUUUGUCCAAUUUUGAUAUACCUUUGAAGGUAACAUAUUGAAAAAAGAAUUAAAUUGAAUACUAUAUGAUAUAAACUAUAUUAUGAGUUUGGAUUAUAACGAAAUACGGUGUUACAUCUUACAAAGAUCUUGUUGUAAUGGGUCCAGAUAAGGGUCAAACCAUUAUGUCUUUCCAGGCUGUCUUACCUUGUAUUUGCAAAGUAUGUACUAGUUGAUUUUAUGAAAUAAUGCACUUAGAUUGAAU